AUGCCGAGUCCGCUGGACGAGCUCAUGCGACUGAUCUACCAGAGCGCAUACCUGACGAUCGUGUGCGCCUCGGGGAGAGAUUCGUGGAGGGGGCUUCUUGGGUCCCGAUCACAGCGAGCCCGACAUACUUCACUGGCCGGAGAGGCUCUUUUGCAAGAACAAGUCCGAGGCCAAUGGCUGGGCAUCUACCCGGGGUCGAGCUAUCAGCUCCUGGACAGCACAAAGUGGAAUACCCGGGCAUGGACAUACCAGGAGCAUCUGCUGUCAAAGAAUAUUCUAGCUUUUACCGACGAUGAGGUGCUGUAUGAAUGCGACACACAAGUCGGGUGGCGCGAGAGCAUUUUUGCCGAACAUCCGGACCAUCCGCCCAAGGAAUUCACGCUUCCGCUGACGCAGUCGAGUUUCAAGAUCCGACUGGAGGCGCUAAUGCUGGAAUGA